AGCGGGAUGCUGCGCCUCAGCCGCGGGCUCGGGGCCGGCCGUGCGCGCCGCCGGCAGCGACACUGCCCGCUGGUCCUUCUGCCAGCGCUGCUCUGGGCGCCGACGCUGGUGGCCUUCAACUUGGACGAGGAGAAGCUGACGGUGUACAGCGGGCCCCCGGGCAGCUACUUCGGGUACUCGGUGGACUUCUACCUCCCCGACGCCAGCACAGUCAGUGUCCUGGUGGGAGCUCCCAAAGCCAACACCACGCAGCCAGACAUAGUGGAAGGAGGAGCGGUGUACUACUGCGCCUGGCCCGCCACCCGCUGCCGGCAGGUACCCUUCGAUAACACCAACAACAGGAAAAUUAAAGUCAAUGGCACCAGGGAACCCAUAGAGUUUAAGACAAAUCAGUGGUUUGGGGCAUCUGUCAAAGCUCAUAAAGAAAAAGUUGUGGCUUGUGCUCCCUUAUAUCAUUGGAGAACUCUUAAAGACAGCCCUGAGAAGGACCCUGUUGGCACGUGCUACGUAGCAAUUCAGAACUUCAGUGCCUAUGCUGAAUAUUCACCUUGUCGCAACAGCAAUGCAGAUCCCGAGGGACAAGGCUUUUGUCAAGCAGGUUUCAGCUUAGAUUUUUUCAAGAAUGGAGACCUGAUAGUAGGCGGGCCUGGUAGUUUUUAUUGGCAAGGUCAGGUAAUCACUGCAAGCAUUGCAGAUAUCAUUGCAAAUUAUUCCUUCAAGGAUAUUCUGAGGAAGCUGGCACGAGAGAAGCAAACAGGAGUGGCACCACCCUCAUAUGAUGACAAUUACAUGGGAUACUCAGUGGCUGCUGGGGAAUUUACUGGGGAUUCUGAACAAGAGUUGGUUGCUGGAGUCCCAAGGGGAGCGCAGAACUUUGGCUAUGUCUCAAUUAUUAAUUCUUCAGACCUGACCUUUAUCCAGAACUUCACUGGUGAACAGAUGGCGUCUUAUUUUGGGUACACUGUUGCAGUAUCCGAUGUUAACAAUGAUGGUUUAGAUGAUAUCUUAGUUGGUGCCCCUCUCUUUAUGGAACGAGAAUUUGAGAGCAAGCCUAAAGAGGUUGGGCAAGUUUACCUGUACCUGCAAGAAAGUGCUUUCCUCUUCCGAGAUGCACAAAUUCUGACGGGCACCGAAGUGUUCGGUAGAUUUGGCAGUGCAAUCACACACCUUGGAGAUCUCAAUCAAGAUGGAUAUAAUGACAUUGCUAUUGGUGCACCAUUUGCAGGAGAAGACAGAAGAGGGAAAGUGCUCAUUUACAAUGGAUGCAGUAAUGGGUUAAAUACUAACCCAUCCCAAGUUCUCCAUGGAGCCUGGACCUCACAGUCUAUGCCUUCAGGAUUUGGCUUUACUCUAAGAGGAGACUCAGACAUAGACAAGAAUGAUUACCCAGAUUUAAUUGUUGGUGCAUUUGGAGCUGGAAAAGCAGUUGUUUACAGAGCCAGACCUGUUGUGACAGUGAAUGCUCAGCUCAUUCUAAACCCCAUGAUUGUGAAUCCAGACAAUAAAACUUGUCAGCUCCCUGGCUCUCAGCUUUUGGUAGCUUGCUUUACUGUAAGAGUCUGCACAGACUUUGAAGGUCAAAGUAUUUCAGAUGACAUAGUGCUGAAAGGUGAAUUGCAGUUAGAUUCACUGAAACAGAAAGGAGCUGUUAAGAGGACCCUCUUCUUUGAUUACCAUCUGUCACAUCAUUACUUCUCCAUUGUGAUGGAAAGACAGAAACAACUCAGUUGUCAGGACUUUCUUGUUUAUCUCAGGGAUGAAACAGAAUUUAGAGAUAAAUUAUCUCCCAUCAAUAUAAACUUGAACUAUAGUUUGGAUGAAUCCAGUUUUGAAGAUAGCCUGACUGUGAAGCCAAUUCUGAACUAUUACCAGAAAAACUCAUUAACAGAACAGGCUUAUAUUCUGGUUGACUGUGGAGAGGACAACUUGUGCAUUCCAGACUUGCAGCUUUCUGCUCUACCAGAUAAAGAUCAGCUAAUAAUUGGAGAAGAAAACUAUGUCAUGCUCAUAAUAAAUCCAAGGAAUGAUGGGGAAGGAGCCUAUGAAGCUGAACUACAUAUAAAGAUUCCACCUGAAGCAGAUUACACUGGGGUUGAACGCAACAACAAGGGACUGCGCGUAUUGAGCUGUGACUACAAGAUGGAAAAUGAAACUAGAAUGGUGGUCUGUGAUCUUGGGAACCCCAUGGUUGCUGGAGCAAAUUUCUCUACAGGCAUUCGGUUUUCUGUUCAGCAUUUUGAAAAUGCAGAAUUCAGCAUCAAUUUUGAGCUACAAAUAAAAAGUUCUAACAAGAUUAAUCCUACCAGCAAUUUAGUUAACCUCCAUAUCAACAUCAAUGCUGUGGCUCAAGUACAGCUCAGAGGAGUGUCCCACCCCCCAACAAUUAUUUUGCCGCUUCACAACUGGGAACCCAAAGAUGAACCUACUAAAGAAGAAGAACUUGGUCCUUUAGUAGAACACAUCUAUGAGCUGCACAACAUAGGACCAAGUGCCAUCAAUGAUACAGUUCUCCAUGUUGGUUGGCCUGUGUCCAGCCAAGAAGAAUUUCUUCUUUAUAUUCUUCAUAUUCAGACACAUGGACCACUGAACUGUCAAACGAGCUCUCCUAUUAACACAAUGCAAAUAAAGUUUGCUGAUCCUCAAGACACUCCUGAACUGGCUGCUUUUUUAUAUAAUUCUACAGUUUCUCAUUACAUCAGGAGAAGGGAGGUCACAGUGGCAGAACCACACAGGAAGAACACUGCAAAAAUAUUGAACUGUACAAAUGUGAAGUGCAUCCUAAUUUCAUGCACCGUGGGACAGCUGGAAAGAGGGAAGAGCGCAGCACUCAAAAUUAGGUCUCGGCUAUGGGCCCAAACAUUCCUGGAGAGGAAGAAUGAUCUCUAUACUCUUUCUUCCAAUGUGUCCUUCGAAGUUAAGAGCAUGCCAUAUAAAGUGCAAGCAGCAAAGCUCCCCGAGGGAAACAUAGCAAUCAGAACAUCUGUCAUUUGGUCCACUCCAAAUGUCUCUUUUGUAAUCCCAUUAUGGGUUAUAAUACUAGCAAUACUUCUUGGACUACUGGUAUUAGCUAUGUUGACCCUAGUUUUAUGGAAGUGUGGCUUCUUUGACAGAGCUAGACCUCCUCAAGAUGACAUGGCUGACAGGGAACAACUGACAAAUAACAAGACUACUGAUGCGUAGAGGAAGAUGCAUACUGAUGCAUUCAGUUCAAGCCAGAAUCCUGCUUGAGACUAGAAACAUGAUGAGGAUUAAAAGAAGGAUUCUUCCAUCAGUCUUCCUUUGUACCUGCAAGUGACACGGUGUCGUAAUCUGAUCUAUGCAACGUUCUGAGAACAUGCCACAUGCUGGCUAUCCUUGCCAAAGAGAGCAGCUUUAUCACUCUGCCUUACAAACACACUCACGGCUGAACAGAAUGUUUAUCCCGUAUUCCAGUCAGUCUACAUUUCAGCAGAUGCUUUUGAACACAUGUGGUAUACUGAGAUGCUUCCAGAACAAGUCCAAAUCUCCCAAGGAGAGAACGCCUGCAUUGCUGUAUUGUCUAGAAGACCAGGACAAAACCUCUGAAUGCUACUGUAUCAUUCAGAAUACCUUUGACACCUCCCUAAGAACUUUUAUGAAGUUAUGGCUCAGGGAGACAAGCAAUAUAUCAGUACUGUGAAAGUACUUCUGACAAACAAAGGUAGUCUAUAAAGAACUUUAUAGAUGGGGCACAAUUAUUUAUUUUUCCACCUUUUCAGCAUAAGUACCUGAUAUAAUCAUCAACUUAGGUUUUGAGAGAAGAAAGUAAAACCAUAGAAAUCAUGUACUUGCAUGUAAAUAGAAAAGUAAACCCGCUGUACACAGAGCACAUCUUCCUUGGUGCUUUGAAAAGCAGAAGAUUUAUGCAACAGUUUACAACAUGAGAUGUGUGAUUGAACAAGUACGAGUUGUAUCUUUUUCAACCCAGCGCUAGCAGUAUCACACCCAGGUAACUAAAUCCAGGCACAGUAUAGAGCAGGGCAUGAAUUACCCUCUGCUUGCAUUGCUGGUGGCUGACACCUGUACAACUGUAAUUUGUGAAACACUGCUUUAAACAAUCACAGCCACAGCAGCGAUAUUGAGAAGGCUUGGGGGGGAGUUGGGGCUAGGGUAAAUUUGCUUUGCCAUCACCUCAUUACUUUGGUGAAAUGGCCUUUUAAAAUGGAAUGGCUGCUGCCAUGGUAUCUUCUGUUUCACUUUUAUUGUAAACCCUGACACUGUUCAUCCAAAGACAUCUCUGCUUUUGUUUGCUUGUUUGAAAUUUUGUUUUACACCUGGCAGCAUAUUUGGAGUGUUGGAUUCAGCUGAAUGUAUCUAUUUCUCCAUCAAAACCUGCAAGGAAGAUGGGCAGAGAAACAGUAUGAACAAAAAGGAGAGUCAUUUUGAGGUAAAGAGUAAAAAUUAGAGUAUUUUUUUGUUUUCUGUGAUGAGGAUUCUGAAGAAGAGAUGCUUCAUUCUUUCUCUUCUAUCAGUAAAUGAUCCAAAUCUCAGCAGAGGCUUUAAGCUCUGAUCUGUGUAAAUUUGUGCCUGAAAGCUUGAGUCUUCCAGGGCUGCCUAUGAGUGUGACAUUGUGUAAACUUCAGGAGAGAUGGUUCAUUUUUGGUUUUGGAAACACUCAUCACACUUCUCCUGAGUUCCUUUUCUUUCCAAUCCAUCUCAGUAUCUUAAUUGGAAGAUGGUGUUAUCCCUUGUGCCAUUUCUUGUCUCCUUUUAGAUAACGUCCCUUUUUUCUUCCUAAGACUUUGGGACAGAAUUAGCAUUGAGGCAUUGUUGACUUCUGCCAGUCUGAUAGGAGAUUUUACCGUUUUACCAUUUCUUACGUGCAGCCUGACCUGUGAAAUCCAAGCAGGAGCUGGGAAACCUGAGCAGGUGUGUCCUGUCUUCAGAUCUAAAGCAAAUUCGCAACAAGACCUGCAUGGAAUCUUUAGCUUAGCAGAUGCAGUGUUUCCCUGAAACUUUCUCAAAAAGGAAGUGAAGCAUCUCUGUUUUCUGAGGAUGAGGAGGCCUGACCACUUCCAAGUCCCCCAAAAAACCAUUAACAGAGCCCUUUCUCCAAAUAGGUUUGAGCUGAUGCCUUGUAAAGAGAUCAGCUGAUAAACACCACCCCAAAGCAAACCUGUCCCAUAUUUGCACACCUCUAUAUCCCAUACAUUCCUGGCAAAAUCAUCCUGCCAUGAAAAAGUCAGUGAGCUUUCUAGCUUUUGUAAAUAUGGAAUUGCUGUGUGUAGCAGCUUCUGAAAUAAGAUCAGCAAAGCUCAGUACAGUCACAUCAUCUGCACAACUCUGAUGAGACAGCACCAUGAGGUGAUACUGAACAUAGGACUUUUGUAUGUGCAAUACUUUAUAUUACUUAUAUACCUGAAGCAUGUUUACACUGGCAUUUUUGGUUGUUUUUUAAACUUUUGAAUAUACUGAUUCAUGAUUACAAUAAAGAGGAAAAAAGAGGAAAAAAAU